AGAAAACCCUACUUUUACCUUAGCUAAAGCUCUCUGCCUCUUUUGACCAAAAAAAAUAAAAACAAAGAAGCUCUGUUCCUCGUUGCAGCGAAAGCUCUUACCAACAAGACGAUGAUUAUCUCAGAGACCAACCGCAGAGAGAUCUGCAAGUACCUCUUCAAAGAAGGAGUAUUGUUUGCGAAGAAGGAUUUCAACCUCGCAAAGCAUCCGUUGAUUGAGUCAGUACCAAACUUGCAAGUGAUCAAGCUCAUGCAGAGUUUCAAGUCCAAGGAGUACGUUAGGGAGACGUUCGCAUGGAUGCACUAUUAUUGGUUUUUGACCAAUGAAGGCAUUGAGUUUUUGAGAACUUAUCUUAACCUUCCGUCUGAUGUUGUUCCUGCGACCUUGAAGAAGUCUGCUAAGCUCAUUGGCCGUCCUUUUGGUGGCCCACCUGGUGAUCGCCCAAGAGGACCACCUCGCUUUGAGGGAGACCGUCCCAGAUAUGGUGACCGUGAUGGGUACCGUGCAGGGCCACGUGGUGGUGAUGUUGGAGGUGAAAAGGGUGGAGCUCCUGCUGAUUACCAACCCUCUUUCCAAGGAAGUGGUGGUAGGCCUGGAUUUGGCCGUGGUGCUGGUGGUUACAGCGCUGCAGCUCCAUCUGGUUCCGGUUUACCCUGAAAGAGCUGUUCUUAUCGUUAAGCAAUUGAAAGACAUUUUCAGUUUUGGCUUUAGUUUUGUUUUUGUAAUCCAAAUCCGGAAUCUAUAAUCUAUCUAUUUCUCUCACUUUUGGUUUAAAGAAACAAAUCCUAUAAUUUUCCA